CAGCGCCGGUGCGGCAGCAGCGCGGGCCCCGCGGCCGCCGCCGCUGCCAUGAGCGCCCCGCAGCCGCGACUUCUUGAAACCUAUAACAGUCUUACAGACAAACACCUGGUUGGAUAUUUCAGCAAUGCCAGGAUAAGACGACAUCUUCAGAAAUCUGGACUGAUCUCAAGGAGUGGAAGAAUAAUACCUGAGAAGGAAUACCGUCUCAAUGCUAUGAGAAGGGACCACCAGACAUACGUCCGGGAGUGCUUGGCUGAUGCCUUAUUUCAUAAGGUCCUUGACACAGAGCAUCGUCAUCAGCUGGGGAUAAAAGGGAGACUUGAUUAUUCUGCGAGGAAAGAGACGCAGCCAGUCAAGAUGGACCAAGUAAAGGGAGAAGUCACGCAUACGUACUCCCCGCAUCCGCCAGUCGCUCCAAGGAACCACCAUGCGCGCUGUCCUUUAGUGUCUGGAGAGCGGACCGGCCGCUCACAACGGAGGACACCUAGACUUGGAGUUGAUGAUGGUGGUGGACAUUAUUCUUAUUAUCACCGAAUCAAGGAUCCUGCCUACUGUAAGGUGGGGGAGAGGAGUGAGUUACAGUUUAGGAACACAAUGGACUGCAUGGCUGGUGUGUCACCAUAUCAGCUCCCUGUCAUCAAGCGUCGUGGUCAUUCUGUGGUGCCAGUGCCACCACCCCGCCCGCAUGUAGGGGACAGGUGUAUCCCUGGAAUCAGGCGUGGGCUGCCUGUAGAGAGAUGGUUUCAUCCCACCACUGGAUUCAAUGAACAGUUUUUGAUCAAUAAUACCAAUGGGUUCCCCAAGUCCCCAUUAUGCAGCAACGCCCUCGUCACCAUGAUCUACCUAGGAAAGAGUAAGCACGUGUCUCUUCGUGACUGGAAGGAUGAAAUCAAAGUCUAUCAGCAGUACUGUGGAACAGAAAACAUUUGUGUCUAUAAAGGCGACCUGUUAGAAGGAGACACCUUCCAGUUCAUCUCCAAGAGGUACCUCGGUUUCCCGUUCAGCCUCACCUUUUUCCUCAACGGGCUCCAAGUUGACAGGCUGAGCUGUUGCUGUGAGUACAGAGGCUUUCAGUGCAAGAGGCCUUCCCAGCUGCGACGCAAAAACACCUACUUCAGGGUGCUCCAUGUGGCAGGAGCACCUCCCUGCUACAGGUGCUUUCUUGCGAUGGGUCUGGACAAAAAGCUGUUCCCUCCCAAGAGGAAGAGUAGGUACUACAAGAGGCAGCAUAUGUGUCCCUGUUCUCCCUACUGUGCACACAGCCAGCCGUGUGACAACAGCAUGGUACAGAAAGCAAUGACAGAUUCAGUGUCAGUCACCAUACCGAGUCAUGAAGUAAGUGUGGAAACUACUGAGGAAAUAUUGGACAAUGAAGAGGAGUCCAGCGAAGAAGAAAUGGAGGAGCAGUUUACUCCUGAAGACAGUCAGGACACCAGUGAAAAUGAAUAUGAAGAAGAUUUUGAAGCAUAUGAAGUUAAUGAAGAGGGACAGACUGGUGAUCAAAUGAAUGGAAUGUCAGAGUCAUCCUCAGAUGAUAAAAACCAUAAUUUAGACUAUGGAAAGGAGAGUGAAACCUCAUCUCAGAAGGCACUGCAUGCCUCUGACAGUGAGAAAGAUGAAAGUGAUGGACAUUCUGAUGACAAGGACUCUGAAGAUGAUCGACAAGAGAGGAGGCCUGCAGACUCUCUCUCAUCCAUGAGAACUCAGUGCAGCACUGACUCUCAUGCUGAAAUGAUGGCAGACAAUGUGAAUGGCAAAGAGGAUUGCAAUAUCAAAAGUACAUCUGAUAAUGCAGGACAUGCACACUAUGGAAAUGAGAAUGGGGAGAAGAAACUACUCAGAGCAGAGGAAAAUCAGGAGAAUUCUGUGCUGGAAAAGAAAGGGAUAGAUAAAGCAGAAAAGACAAAACCAGAAGACCUAACAGCAAGGGAAGAUACUGGAAUUUUUCAUGAAAACAUAAUGGCAAUGCAGCAUCAAAAUCCUGAGGUUAACGGGGAAUUCAAACAGACUGGGUCAGGAGAAAGUAACAUGAAUGAUGAGGAGAAAUGUCCUCCAGUGCCUUGGGAAAGCAGGGUAUUGAACAUGGAGGAUGGCAACGAGGAGGCUCCUUGGAGUGAGGAAGGAGGUGUUUUUGAAGAUUACAAACCAGUCCAGAAGGAAAUAGCAAAAGCAACUGGAAAUGAUCAUCCUGUGAAUUCUGACCCUGAGCCUGGUGAUUUAUGUGCCAAUGAGGAAGAAAAGAAUGCAGCAAAUACAGAGCGUGGUGCCAGUGGAGCACCAGCUGAAAGUUUCCUGGCAGAAGGGAGGAGAAGCCCUGAUGUGCAGGAGGCAGCAGGACAGGCGGUGCGAGAAGGGGCGGUGACAGGGCCGGGACAAGCCCUGGAGCAGGAUGCUGCUGCUGAAGGAGAUGCUGGCAGUGGAGAGCCUGCAGGAGAAGCUGCACAGGCGGGGGAUUCGCUGCCCCAGGCAGGCGCGGGAGCUGCGCUGGAGGAAUCCGCACCUGGGGAAGGCGCCGUGGCAGAGGAACAUCCCAAAGGAAAGGGAACAAGGGAGGCAGUGCAGCUGGGCACAGAGGUGUCACCCGGGGAGCAGGAGGUGCUGGUGGAGCGGAUGGAGAGAGAGGUGGCACUGGGAAAGCCAGCAGCUCGGGGAGAGCGGCCAGCUGGGGCACUGCCAGGAUGGGAGGCAGACAGAGCCGUGCCCCAGGGACAGGAGGGGGCUGGCGGGACCGCUGAGGAGGAGGCUGCAGAGGAAGGCCUGAAAGCAGCAGGGCCGCCAGCAGAGGAGGAGGUGGGUGAGCCAGAGUCCGAGGCAGGGGAGUCCCUGGGGCAGGGAGGGUAUGCAGGGAAGGACACGAUGGUGGGUGCUGUGUCAGAGGGAGAGGAGGCUGUGGAGGAUGCUGAUGUGGCAGCAGAUGGGAAUGCCAGAGCUGUCGGCCCUGAAGGAGAAAAGGCUGUUGAAGAAGACAUUUCUGAAGGGAAGGAGGCUAUGGGGAAGCCUGGGGCUCUCUGGGAAGCACUAGGUGAUAUGGAAACAGGAGAAGCAAUGUCUGGAGAGGAAGGGUUUGUAGAGCCAAGUGAGUUUUCCCAGCUGAAAGUGUCAGGGGAAGAGUGGAUGGAGGUGAGGAAAGCUGACACAGGAGCAGUAGCACUUGAGAGUGCUCAGGCUCUCCAGAAAGUGGAGCACACGAUGGAAGAGUCUGUGGAGCCUGACAAGGGUCCUGUACUGGAAGUGGCACCUGGGUUAGGGGCACUGGGGGGUGCUCGGGAGGGUCCUGUCACUGAAGGGUCAUCAAGGGUGGAGGAGACGCCGGCAGCAGCGCAGGAGGAGGAGGGUCCAGCAGAAACCCGUCUGAGGAGUAGAAACCCGUCUGAGGGCAGCAAAGCAGAGACUGAGAGAUCAGUGGAAGGAAAACCCGAAGGAGAGGUGGUGGGAGGGUCUGCAGGGGCGGCCGGAGCGGGCUCGGGGGAUGAAGAGGAGGCCACAGACGGAGCAGGAGGUUCAGAGGAGCCGGCAGCUGGGACAGAGGGGUGGCUGAGGUGUGCACCAGUGGGCGGGAAGGGGAGGGCUCCCGGGGAGGGGGCGGUGGGCGAGGCGGCGCUGCCGCCGCCGGGGCUGUGCGGGGGCCGGCCCGGGGAGCCCGGGCUGGUGGCCAUCGCGGUGCUGGGUGGGCAGGCCGGGCGAGGAGCCCUGCCCGGGGGGCGGGCAGUGCCCGGGGCUGGCGGGGUGGGCACGGGGGCGGUGGCGCAGGAGGGGGUGGCAGGAGCAGUGCAGGGGGCACAGAGCGGGACAGGGGCGGCAGCGGCAGAGGAGGUGUCAGCCACGGGGACGGCGGCGGUCGGGGAGUCCGGGGAAGGGCUGGCCGAGGCACCUGCGGCUGGCGGGCGAGCGGUGAAGCGGGAGGCAGCAGCAGGGUGCGGGGGACCGGGAGCGAUGCCGGCGGGAGCCGAGGGCCGGCGGGAGGCGGAGCGGGAGCCGGGCGCGGUGCGGGUCGGGUCCCCACGGCGCCGAGCGGCGCCGGGAGCGAUGCCGCGGGCACGGCCGGCUGCAGAGGCCGCCCCGGGCAGCCCUGCCCGUGGGGACGGGCCGGCGGCACCGAGGGCCAGAGGAGGGUCCGCAGGAGGCGAGGGGCUGUGCCUGGACACCCAGCCACAGCUGGCAGCUCCAGAGACAGGGGCAGCGCGGGGCAGGGACGGGCAGGAGCAGGAGAUAGAGCAGGCAGCAGUGAAAGCCGAGGGGGAACAGCCGGGUCCCUGUGAAAACACAAGCGAGGGCGAGGUGGCGGAUGUCUCGGCGAGUGCAGGGACCGCUGCGGGAACCGGGGAGCCGAGGAAGGACAGUCCCGUCGGAGGGAGCCCAGGGCUCCCGGCAGGCGCUGCCGUGGGCGAGAGGAGCCGCAGCUCCCGUCAGGACAGUGCAAACCCAGACCCACUCAUCAUGUCCUCAGAACAGCCUCAGUAUGGGGAAGAAACUCUGCUCUGAGCUUAUUCGGCAGCUCCUCAGUGUUGUGUCCUGCAACAUACACUCAGCUGGCCGUGGGUUUGUGCCGGUUGGGAUGUCACUCCUCUCUUCACCCUGUGAGCACCACAGCCACCUGUCACGUUUCACUGGAGCAGACCCUCAGCAUGCAGCGCACAACUGAAGCAAGCCUGUGUUUGCCAGCCCAGGAAACAGCAUUCCUUUGCAAGGAUGAAGACAGUAAUCACAAGGAUUGUUCCACAGCUGUCUGGCUUGUUUUUCUUGAAAACCAGAGAAAUAGUGGACUGACUGAACUUCCCCUCCUCCCCUAGGCACCACCUGCAGGCAGGGCUUUUAUCCUGGGGUCUUCCCUGUCCCGUGCUAGGGGAGGGGAGCCCUCCUGCAUGUGCAGUGCCCCCUGUGCCAGGAGGUGUGGGGGGGGCUUCCCUCCCCUUGGGCAUCCAGGCUUGGUGCUGGCCACGCUUCAAGGCAUUCUCAGCAUGUGGAAAUGUUGCUGAAAGUUGUUAAAUCAGAACAAUUCUAGCAAGUAUUUGUAAAUGCAUAAAGCCUGGCAUUCUGCUUUUGCUGGAGUCACUCAGGAGUGGUGCAUGGAGCCUCAGUGAGGCUGCCAGGAGGGAGGUCAGUUUAGAGUUGUCUCAGCCUGGUGCUGGCUGUCCAUCUCUGCUGCCCAAGCCUCUUGUCAGCUCUGCUGCACCUCUGCAACACUGGGACCCCCAGGACCCUUUAGGGCUGGGCACCUGGGGCUGGGUGUGCAGCAACCCCGAGGCACUCUAAGCUUGGUGGGUGCAGCAGACUCAGCCCCACACAGUGGGGAACUGUAACUGGAAAAGACACUGAAAUGAGCAGGAUUUUGAGUGGAUUGGUGCUGUGAGUAACUUCAGGUCAAUAUACGUGGAACUGGAAACUCAAACGUGAUCAAGUGGUUGCUGUGUGUUUGCUGCUAGAGACGUUCCUGUACUCAAGAUGGUUGUAUUUCUGUGUUCAGUCUGGACAUGUCUCAGAGUUUGUGUUUUCUGUGUCCAUACCCAUGCCUACAUGUUCACUCAGGCCUAUUAAAUACCUGUACCAGUCUGUGCAGCUUUUUAACUGUAGGAAUAACCCCUGCCAGUGCAGCAGAGCCUGAGCUUUGGUGUCUGUCCCUGCUUGCCAGUGGGCUGACUGAUGCUGGGCUGUUUGUGCCACUCUUGUGCAGGUGCCCUGCUAAACUCAUGCCCAGGGCUGCAGGCAUGGCCACACCUGGGCGUUCGGACACGUGAGUGGCAAUUCCAGGGUUACAAGUGAGCAGAGACAGAGGGAUGCAGGGAUUUGCCUCUGCAGAGAUUCUCUGGAAGCUGCUCUCGGCCUGCAGGAGACCCAGGGCAUCAGAGAGAGCCUUGAUGAACAGAGCAGUGUGACUUUAAGGAACUGGAAAACUGAUAGAUCAUUAUUUAACAGUCUUGAAAAAAUUAUCAGUGACCUUAUGUGUAUGGUUGUAACAGCUGAGGGAAAGAAUCCUGUGGUUAGGAACACAUAUAUGGACUUCCAAAACAUUAGUGUCCCUGUCAUUUGAGGAGGCAGAAGUUUGGUAAUAAGCAAAGCCAUGGAAAUGGGUAAUUGUGUAGGUUUGGAAAAGCUUCCCAUGGUCCUUUCUGCUCUCCUAUAUGGUGCUAAUUAGUAAUUAACUUCAAAGUGAAAAGUAGGUUGCACUUGGGGAAAAACAAGAUGUGCAGCAAAAGGGAAAAAAAGACUAAUUAUUAAAGUGAGCAUAUGUAAGCAAA